AUGGCUUUGGCAAUGCAUACUACGUUAACGAUUUCAUGUAAAGCAUCCGAAGAACAAUCAGGACCAACAUUAGUUCAUAGUACCGGUGUUAAAAAUUAUCGUGUUCAACCAGAAGUUAUACGAAUUUUACAAGAAUCAUGUUCAAAUGAAAAAUUAUGUGAUCAUGAACAAGGUGUUCAAUGUACUGAUCCACCAGCACAUAUUAUUGAAGCAUUUAAAAAAGCUGGUUUUAAGGUAACAAGUCAAUCAACAGCUGAUGGUCGUAAAUUAUGGAUGUUAACAAAGACAGAUGAAGGUGGUUCCAAUCAACCACCACACCAAGGUGGUGACGAAGAAGAGCAUGAAGAAGAAGAGAAAGAGGAAGAAGAACAAUAA